AUGGCUUUACAACCCCCAAUUGAACUUACUGAUGUAUUACCCCCUCCAAAUCAUGAUGAUGUUCAAGUUCAAGUAAUGGCUAUUUGUUAUAUGCUCCUAUUUUUGUUGGGGACUUGUGGUAAUGUUGCUGUACUUACUACAAUAUAUCAAAUGGUUCGAUCUAGACGUGCAAAUUUAGACAAUACAUUAAUUUAUAUGGUUGUGCUUAGUUUUGUGGAUUUUGGAGUAUGUCUUUCUUUACCUUUCACUGUAAUUGACCAAAUUCUUGGCUUUUGGAUGUUUGGUUCCACAAUGUGUAAAUUACAUGCUGUUCUCGAAAAUUUUGGAAAAAUUCUCUCAGCUUUAAUUAUAACUGCAAUGUCUUUUGAUCGUUUUGCAAGUGUUUGCCAUUCAGAGAAAAGAAUGCUUCGUUCACGUAGAAUUGCUUUUUGUAUUUUAAUUGGUAUGGCAAUUUAUGCUUUAUUAGCUUUGUGCCCUUUACUUUACAAUUUUGAAGCUCGAGAAGUUAUUUUAUUCCAAAAGGCAACUGGUCCAAAUAAAGUAACGAGAAUGAGAAUUGAAAAAUGUACAAUGAUGGAUAUGGUUAGAUGGAAAUUUACAAUAUUUACCUGUUUUCUUUUUGUUCUCUGUUACUUAGUUCCUCUAUUUUUGGUUACAUUCUUUUAUACACAAUUAUUGUCUAAAUUACAUCAUCAUGCUAGACAAUUUAAAAGCUCAAAAAUUCGUUCACAAAUUCCAUUAGUUCGAAUCUCUUUAUAUACAAUGGCCGUUGCUUGUUUUUAUUUUAUUUGUUGGACACCAUUUUGGGUAGCUACUGCUUUUGCUGUAUAUUUAGAAUAUGCUGGAGAACAAAAUGGACAAGUACCUCCAGUUUUUGUUUAUUUUAUGUACUUCAUUCAUGCCUUGCCAUUUACAAAUAGUGCCGUAAAUUGGAUUUUAUAUGGUGCUUUAAACGGUCAAUUACAACAACGUGUAAGACACGGGACAUAUCACCCAAAUGUCGGUAAUUAUGGUAUAGUAACCGGACAUCAACAACAUACAAAUUCUUGUUUGGGUGGAGGAUUAUUAAAUAAUGUUGGGGGAGGAGGGGAUGGAAGAAAACAUUUAAGUGAAAUAAUCCAACCAAUUGAACAACAAAAACAACAAAAUAAUUAUUUAAAUAAAAAUUUAUUUGUUUCACAAAAUGGGCAGAGUAAUGCUGAAAGUGCAGCAACUACAACAACAACUACUUUAUUACCUAAAUCAACUAUUGGAUAUUCUUCUAGCAUUGAAGAUCCAUUUACCCGCCACCAAAGUUUUUCAACAAAUAAAAGGCAAAGAAAUAAUUCUUGUUCCAUUUCUGCCGACGUUGGCUCUCAGAAUUGGAAAAAUCGAGCAUCUUCAAUUGCUCAAUUAAGAUCACACAGCUCUGUUUGUAUUUAA